AUGGCAUGCAGAUUAUGCACAAGGCCAACGAUAGGACUUGAUGACGAGGAUGGCGACUUGUGGGAUCUAGAGCGGGGCAACCGGACAGGGGCAGCCCAGCAGCGGCGGCAGCUGCUGUCGAAGAACAGCGUGACGGCCGCAUUCUCUGCGCAGAGCCUCUGGUCUGCCGGAUUUCAGGGCAAGGGCGUGAAGAUGGGGGUCUUUGACACCGGCAUCCGCCAAGACCACCCCCACGUGAAGAACAUCAAGGAGCGCACCAAUUGGACGCAUGAACCAACGUUGGAGGAUGGGCUGGGGCACGGCACCUUUGUGGCCGGUGUGGUGGCUGGCAGCGAUGCAGCCUGCCCUGGGUUUGCUGCAGAAGUGGACAUCCACACCUUCCGGGUCUUCACCAAUGACCAGGUGUCCUUCACAUCAUGGUUCUUGGAUGCAUUCAACUAUGCCAUCGCCACGGAGAUGAAUGUGGUCAAUCUCAGCAUUGGUGGGCCGGACUACCUGGACCAACCAUUUGUCGAGAAGGUGUGGGAGAUCACCAGCAAUGGCAUAAUAAUGGUGAGUGCGAUCGGCAACGACGGGCCGCUGUACGGGACGCUGAACAACCCGGCUGACCAGAACGACGUGCUGGGCGUUGGCGGCAUCGAUUACGCUGACAAGAUUGCGUCCUUCUCCAGCCGGGGCAUGUCCACCUGGGAGCUGCCGCGCGGCUACGGCCGCUCCAAGCCGGAUGUGGUGGCGUACGGGCGGGAUGUGAUGGGCAGCCGCAUCCAGGGCGGCUGCCGCAGUCUCUCCGGCACCUCCGUCGCGUCACCCGUUGUCGCCGGAGCCGUCUGCCUGCUCGCCAGCGUUGUACCUGAGGCCCGCAGGUGGCACAUGAAGGGGGGUAUCCUGAACCCGGCCAGCAUGAAGCAGGCACUAGUGGAGGGCGCUGUGCGCAUCCCUGGCAUCAACCUCUACGAGCAGGGAGCCGGCAAAAUGAACCUGCUCAAUUCCAUGGAGAUCCUGCAGAAGUACGAGCCGCGCGCGUCGGUGGUGCCGGCUGAGCUAAACUUCAUGGACUGCCCCUACAUGUGGCCCUUCUGCACGCAGCCCCUCUACGCUGGCGCGAUGCCCCUCAUGUUCAACGCCACCGUCCUCAACGGCAUGGGCCUCACAGGGGUGUUUGCGGAGGAGCCGACGUUUAUAUCCAAGAACGAGGGCGGCCGGCUGCUGGACGUGCGCUUUGAGCACAGCAACCUGAUGUGGCCCUGGUCGGGCUUCCUCGCACUCUACAUCCGCGUGGCCCCCGAGGGCGCCACCUUCAAGGGGGUGGCGACUGGGGAGGUGGCGCUGGUGAUAGAGUCACCGCCGGAGCGCGGUGAGAAGCAGAAGCGGCGCAGCACCGUCAAGCUGGGCAUCAAGCUGGAAAUUAUCCCCACACCCCCCAGGGAGCGGCGCAUCCUGUGGGACCAGUUCCAUUCGCUGCGAUACCCCCCGGCCUACAUUCCGCGCGACUCCCUGGACGUGCGCAAUGACAUCCUGGACUGGCACGGCGACCACCCGCACACCAACUACCACGAUAUGUUCAACGCCCUGCGAGCCGCGGGCUGGUUCCUCGAAGUCCUUGGCUCGCCCCUCACCUGCUUCGAUGCCUCGCAGUAUGGGGCGCUGCUGAUGGUGGACCUGGAGGAGGAGUAUUAUCCGGAGGAGAUAGCCAAGCUGGAGGCUGACGUGGAGGCGGGCCUAGGGCUGAUCGUGUUUGGGGAGUGGUACAAUGUGGACACCAUGGUCAAGAUGCGCUUCUUCGACGAUAACACCCGCUCCUGGUGGACACCCAUCACCGGCGGCGCGAACGUGCCGGCGCUGAACGAUCUGCUGGCGCCGUACGGGAUCGCGUUUGGGGACGCGGUACUCGAGGGCCAGGCCACAAUUGAUGGCGAGCAGGUGUUCUACGCGAGCGGCGCCAAUCUUGUGCGCUUCCCAGCCGGCGGCCACCUGCACGCUCUCGCCCUCGGAGACAAGGCAGCCACCGGCACGGCGCGGUCGGCGGGCCGGUUUGGCACGGCGGCGUCGGGCGGGCUGCACGCAGUGCUGGGCCUGACGGAGCACAAGGGCGGCCGCGUGGCAGUCUACGGCGACAGCAACUGCCUCGACAGCAGCCACAUGCGCUCGCCCUGCUUCCGCCUGCUCGCCAAGCUGCUGCAGUACGUCGCCACGGGCAAGGUGGAGGCCUCAUCCUCGCUGCUGGCGCCGGAGGCGAAGUUGAGCGAGGCGUUGGGCAGCGAAGCCAUGCUCCUGCCGCAGCGGCGUUCCGACGUGGACGCGGCGCCUUUCUCCGCAGUGCUCACUGCACAGGCACGCCCCACCUAA